AUGGCUCCCAAUACGCCCGCCUCGCAUCGUCCCCGCAAGAAGAGAAAGUUCACGACUUCCCCGGGCUCCAACAAUAAUCUCAUCUUGGACAAGGGUGAUGGGAAGCAAUACGCGGCAUUCCCACUGGUCUCUUUCCUUUGGGGUGCUCGUGCAGGAGUUUCACUAUGGCUGGUACUUCCUUUGAUCCUCAUGACCGUUGGCCUGUUCCGCUGGGCUGUGAGUUUGUGGGGUUAUUCUGGCUUCCAGGUUCCCCCCAUGCACGGUGAUUUCGAAGCGCAAAGGCAUUGGAUGGAGAUUACUACACAUCUUCCAAUUUCCAGCUGGUACCUCUAUGACCUACCAUACUGGGGCCUAGACUAUCCACCCUUGACCGCAUACCAUAGCUGGCUACUUGGCAAAAUUGGCUCCGUUGUUGACCCAACAUGGUUCGCCCUCGAUACUUCCCGAGGCAUCGAAGACCCCCAUCUGAAGGUUUAUAUGCGUGCAACCGUCGUCGUAUCCGAGUAUCUGGUGUUCAUUCCCGCUGUGGUCAAUUUCUUGCGCCGUUACACUCGCAUGCAGGGUGUCCAUGCUUGGUCCGCCUCAAUUGUUCUUGCCGCAGUUCUCCUCCAGCCAGCCAAUAUUCUGAUCGACCACGGCCACUUCCAGUAUAAUACCGUCAUGCUCGGGCUGGUGGUCGCAAGCUUGGACGCUAUACUGGCAGGACGAAUGCUAUGGGCCUGCAUCUUCUUCGUAGGUGCACUGGGAUUCAAGCAAAUGGCGCUAUACUACGCUCCAGUAAUGUUUGCCUAUCUGCUUGGCGUCUGUGUCUUCCCUCGAGUUCGUAUUUUGCGUCUUUUGAAUAUCUCCCUUGUCACCUUAGCUGCUUUUGCACUGCUACUGGCCCCGCUUCUGGUGGGGGCCUCCUCUGAGGAAGCCCGAAAGGUGUUUGCAUCUUCCCCCGUGCCACCCUUACUCCAGGCAGUCCCUAUCUCCCUUGACAAGAACUCUGUACUAUACGGGUUGCUGUUCCAGCUGACGCAAAUCGUGCACCGCGUAUUCCCCUUCGCGCGCGGGCUUUUCGAAGACAAAGUUGCCAAUGCUUGGUGUGCCAUCCACACGUUUUAUAAACUCACACGCUUUGAUACCACCUUGCUACAGCGAGCGUCCCUCGGUGCUACCCUGGGAUCUAUCAUUGUGCCAUGUGCUAUCAUUUUCCGUCAUCCCCGGGCUUCGCUUCUCCUUCCUGCUCUCUCCUGUGUUUCAUGGGGCUUCUUCAUGUUUUCCUUCCAGGUUCAUGAGAAGAGUGUCCUCUUGCCUUUGCUUCCAAUGACGCUGCUCCUCGCUGGUGAUGGCGGUUUAAGCAAAGAAAACCGCGCCUGGGUUGGCUGGGCCAAUGUACUUGGAUCCUGGACCAUGUAUCCUCUCCUGAAGCGCGACGAGCUUCGUGUUCCCUACUUCAUCAUGACAUUGCUUUGGGCCUAUCUCCUUGGCCUUCCUCCUACAUCCUUCGAGACUUACCGCAGUCGGCCAACCCUGGAGAACUCUAGCACUCAUCUUGAACCCAAUAUUUUCACCACCCUCUUGCAUUACGCUUUCUAUCUUGUGAUGAUUGCCUGGCAUGUCGCUGAGGCAUUUGUUGCCCCGCCGCCAACGAAGCCGGACCUCUGGGUAGUCCUAAAUGCCCUGGUUGGAGCCGGUGGCUUCGGGAUUGCAUAUUUGUGGUGUAUGUGGAAGCUAUUCAGUCAGUGCCGCCAAAUUGAUCGUCAAGCGGCCGCGGAAGACAGCCCAAAAAAGAAGCAAUGA